GAAGUGGUGUUGUGAUGCUCGUACCGAGGGAAAGGUUGUCGUACAUUGGGGGGCAAAGCGCAUCGCCUUCCAACCCGCCAGUGGGCCCUGUAAGCUUCGUGUGGGUGGGUUGUGCUUCGUCCUUGCAGCCCCGCCCCUACUGACUGACAAUGGGCAGGCGUGAAAGAUAGUUUGAACUCAUUCGUUCGUGGACAGUAACCAUGCCUCCGCCACACGCCCGCCCGCCUCUCCCAGUACUCGCCCACGCCUCCUCCUCCACGCCCCUCUGAAGCCACAGCCCACGCAAGGUGAUAUAAGACUAGUUUAUAUAUUUUUUAGUAGUAACUGCGGUGGUAGGUCACAGUAAUGACGCUGGGAAAUAGUGACAGAAGCGUGGCUGCAGAGUGAGAGAGGGAGAGUUUAUUGCAAGACUCACGCUGGGAAGAGGAGGAAUAGAAAGGACGUUUACGAUAAUACUGACGAUAGAUUGUUUCCACCAGACAUUCCUCCAACCUGUGAUUGAAAUUGAUGACUAGCAACAUUGUGAGGGGAGGAGGGGGAGGAGGAGGUGGCGGCGAAGGAGGUGGAGGUGGUGCCGGAGGAGGACGAGGAGGAAGGUGGAAGAGGAGGAGAUAAGGGUGGAGGGAAGUGGUCGUGGAGGAACUGGUGGAGUGUGUGACGUUGUGAAGGAUAGUCUGGCUGGCUCUAAUUUCAUUCCCUCUGUUUUAUCUCCGUCUUGAAUCUCCCCGGGCGAGCGAAGACAAGGAAGAGGAGGGGACAGUUAAUAAGAGAAGCACUCAAACGUUUUUCCCUGUGUGAAGAAAACGCCGAGCCGAAAGGGGAGAACCGUCGUCCAUUUUCUUUCGGCGACUUAACAAAGCGCUCCCCUGCAAGGUCAUCACAUUUACGAGGUAAGCGGUCAUCCAGUCCACUGCUAUGGACAGGAUGAAGGAGACUAUGAGCAUGGGCGGUGCUGGCGUGGGCGUGAGUGUGGGGAGGCUCUUUGUCCUCCUCCUGGCUGUUCUGGCUGCCCUCUGCGGCCCCGUCAGCGCCAACUUCAGGGAGCGGGAAAAGCAGAUCAUCGACGAAAUCAUUGGACCAGGAAAUUACGACAAGAGGAUUCGACCUGCUGGAGCCAACGACACAGGUCCCGCCGUGGUGCACAUCAACAUCAUGAUCAGGAACGUGCAGACCAUCUCUGACGUGAAGAUGGAGUACAGCAUUCAGAUCACCUUCAGAGAGCAGUGGACGGACCAGAGACUCACCUUCGACAAUAUGCAAGGUCGCAUCCAGUACCUGACCCUAACAGAGACAGACAUGGUGUGGAUGCCGGAUCUCUUCUUCAAGAACGAGAAGGAGGGACACUUCCACAACAUCAUUCUGCCCAACCUGUACAUUCGCAUCUACCCCGACGGCGGCGUUCUCUACAGCAUCCGGAUCUCCCUCACCCUCUCCUGCCCGAUGGACCUCAAGCUGUUCCCUCUGGAUCGUCAGCAGUGUCAGCUCCUCAUGGCCUCUUACGGGUGGACCACGGAGGACCUGGUGUUUCUGUGGAAGGACGUGGAGCCCGUCCAGGUGACCAAGAACCUCCAUCUGCCUCGCUUCACCCUCGAGAAGUUUAUCACGGAUUAUUGCAACAGCAAGACCAACACGGGUGAAUACAGUUGUCUGCGGGUAGACCUGGUCUUCAAGCGCGAGUUCUCGUACUACCUGAUCCAGUACUACAUCCCGUGCUGCAUGCUGGUGAUCGUGUCCUGGGUGUCCUUCUGGCUGGACCAGAACGCCGUGCCUGCGCGGGUCUCGCUGGGGGUCACCACCCUCCUGACGAUGUCCACGCAGACCUCCAGUAUAAACAAUACUCUGCCACCGGUGUCCUACACCAAGGCCAUCGACGUGUGGACGGGUGUCUGCCUCACCUUCGUGUUCGGCGCGCUGCUUGAGUUCGCGCUCGUCAACUACGCGUCCCGCUCCGAUAAGCACCGCGAGAAGCUCAAAGAGAAGCUGAAGGAGCAUAAGAAGCAGUGGGAGAUGGAACACGCGGCGGCGCUGGAGGCGGCGCUGCAGGAGGCCGGCGAGGACGGCCACACCUUCGGCAUGCCGGCCACGCCCACACGACCCCGCCGGCUGAAGGAUCUCCUAUUGGCCAAGAUGAAGCCCCUCGUGUCUCGCCACAAUGGCGGUAUGGGUGGGGAUAAAAGGCCGUGUGAGAUCCACCUAACGGCGCCGCGCCAGAACUGUUGUCGCACCUGGCUGUCCAAGUUCCCGACGCGCAGCAAGCGGAUCGACGUCAUCUCCCGCAUCACCUUCCCCAUCGUGUUCGCCUUCUUCAACAUGGCCUACUGGAGCACCUACCUCUUCACCGAGGAGGAGGAGGGCAAGGAGUAACGGGAAAGAGUUCAGAUAAUGGGAAUGACAUCACAUUUUCAAGGGGAUUCGUUAUCAGGGCGAAGUCAAACAAACAAGACAGCAACAAACAAACAGAGAUCACGAGAGGAAGGCAGGUGAUGGAGAGUUUACCGAGUCAUUGAGUUGAAUCUUCGCGUGAGUCACUGACGGAACGAACAUAGACUUCUUCCCGGGUGACUGACAACGAUUGACUGACUAACGACAGCGAUUGACUGAUUAACGAAUGAUGGAUGUGUAACUGACUGCUUAAGUGAUUCAAUGACUGACUAAGUGACUAACUGGCUGAGUGCUUGACUGACUAACUGGCUGAGUGAUUGACUGACUGAUUGGUUGAGUGAAAGACUGACUGACUAACUGGCUGAGUGACUGAGUGACUAAUUGCCUGAGUGAAAGACUGACUGACUAACUGGCUGAGUGAUUAAUUGACUGAUUGGCUGAGUGAUUGACUGACUGACUAACUGGAUGAGUGAUUGGCUGACUGAUUAACUGGCUGAAUGACUCAUGGACUCAGGUGCACCGUGAAUUAAUGAGGAAUGGGUGACUGAGUGACUGAAUGAAUUGUUGACUAUGAAUAAUGAUUGAAUGAAUGAAUGUUUGACUGAAAAUUACACAUAUCAAUAUUUUCCGGAGUGAGGUAAAUAGAAAUAUAUAGGAUUAAAUCACAAAAUUAUUAUAUUAAUAGAGUUAAAUUGAAGAAUAUGGAUUAAAUCACAUAAUAAUAAUACCAACAAUUACAGCAAAUUACAGCAACAACAACAGCAACUACUACUAUUGCUAAUAGGGUAAUAAAUUGACGUCCAUGAGUAAAAGAGAGAGAGAGAGAGAGAGAGAGAGAGAGAGAGAGAGAGAGAGAGAGAGAGAGAGAGAGUUGGGAGGAAUGGGAGGAGGGAGAAAACAAACAUAAACAGGCAGACAGGUAGACAAAGAGACAAAUAGACAAAAUUAAAGAGUGAUAGAAUAAAAACUACACGCAAGACAAAACUUAAAUAAAAAAAAAGCACACGACAAUCAUUUGACUCACGAACGAAGAAGAGUAAGAAGAAGUAGAGAUUAGAAGACGACUCCCCAGUAAAGCAAUACCUGCAUUACGUAAUACCUCCUCGGCACAACAACAACAGUAACAAGAGGAGAAGGAGCAGGAAAACAGUUGACUUUCCGUACGCCAAGGCUUGCUUUCACCACCACCACCACGCCAUGUUCUACUCACCCGCUGCAUACCACACAAUAUUAUACAUUUAUUCCUCCCAAUGUAUACACGUAAUAUAAGUACAACCAACAUCACCUGCGUUCCACUUUUUUGUUUCUCGUGUUUAUAAUAAUAAUAAUAAUAAUAAUAAUAAUAAUAAUAAUAAUAAUAAUGAUAAUAUUGUACUAGAAAAAAAAUUGUAUUAGGAUCGUCCAGUGCAAGUUGUAGUUAUCUUUAGCCGUAGAAAACGGGGGUGUACGUGUAAAACAAUAGUUAUAGAGAAUGAGAUCGACAGAAAAUGGGAAAUAUCUUCUCGCCUUCCAGUACACAAUGAAAAGAAAAUGCAUAAUGUUUGUGGGUAACUUUUACAACAAAGGACACACACUAAGGAGAAGUGUAUAUAUUGCGUAUUUAGACUCUUGGAAGUAAAGGAAGAAAGAGUAUAUUACGCCAGAGUGUGACCUGUAUACUGAUUUUUUCUUAAUUUCUUGUUGUAUUAAUAUUCUCACACUCAAGACGCAUUUUUGUACUGCUUGAAACAUUGAGCGUCUCGCA